AGUUGGAUGCACUGUGAGACGCUGUCAGCAGCAGAACGGUGGAGUUCUGUGUCAAACCUGCCAGAAGAACAUGUUCUGCGAAGGGAACGGCUGGAACAUGAGCACAUAAGGGGACGGAGACGCUUCAAAGUGGGGGAAUCUUGAUCAGCCGUGAAGACGCACAGCUGCAGAGCGAGGGAUUUGAAGAUGUGGUUACUAAUGGGAGCAAUCUAUCUGUGCCAUUGCGUCACCGGGCAGCUGCUCGAGUCCAAGCUGAAAGGAGCACCUCGACUGGUCUGCAGCGUCCCCGGGUCGCCUGGCCCGCCCGGCAAACCAGGUCCCAGCGGACCACCGGGAGCAGAUGGGAAUGUCGGAAUUCCAGGAAGAGACGGCAGAGACGGCCGAAAGGGGGAAAAGGGAGAAAAGGGCGAUACAGGGGUGAAGGGCAGAGUUGGCCCGACGGGGAAAAUUGGAGAGCGAGGUGAACGCGGCCCCGCGGGAAAACGCGGCCCCGCGGGAGACAACGGAGACGCGGGGCCUCCUGGACCUGCAGGCCGCGAUGGAGAUAAAGGCGAUAGGGGUGAUCGGGGACCCCGUGGAACUGCGGGAACGUGCAAAUGUGGCAGCCUGCUACCCAAAUCUGCCUUCUCGGUGGGAAUCACCAGUAGCUACCCCGCAGAGAAGACCCCCAUCAAGUUCAACAAGGUCCUCUUCAAUGAAGGCGGACACUACAACCCCCAGACGGGCAAAUUCAUCUGCGCAUACCCGGGCGUCUAUUAUUUCUCCUAUGACAUUACACUGGCCAACAAACACCUGGCCAUCAGUCUGGUGCAGAACGGUCAGUACCGCAUCAAGACCUUCGACGCCAACACAGGAAACCAUGACGUGGCGUCCGGUUCCACCGUCAUGUUCCUGAACCCUGAAGACGAGGUGUGGAUGGAGAUCUUCUAUAGUGAUCAGAACGGCUUAUUUACGGACCCCAGCUGGGCUGACAGCCUGUUCUCUGGGUUCCUACUCUACGCAGACACAAACUACUUUGACACACUGGCAGCGGACUAUGCGUAGAAAACCCAGAGAACAAGACAGGACCACAAACUGUUUGCUACAGGGAGCAUUACUCCCUUUAAUUACCCGGAUUAUGGGUUUGAUUGCUAUUAUAACUCAAUCAGAACACUUUUGGUGUGAACAAACUAUAUAUAUUGUGUUAUUUACGUGUUUGUACUACUAUGGGAUUAGCGAAGAAUUCAUUUAACAUUGUGGAAAUCUGAUGAAGCUUUGGGUGAUUUAUUUGAUUCCGGUGAGAAACUGAUUUAGAUUAAAAGAAAAUUCCAGAUAAUUUAAGGUGUGAAUUUGUUUAGAAAAGAAAAAGACAUUCUAACCUUCCGUUUGGGAGACAUUUUUCACUCUGAUUUUGGCUGAGAUUCUUCUAUAUUCAUGAAGGUUUUUUUUAAACUACUUGUUAUUUUCUAAAUUAAAGUAAUGAAAUUCUAUAGUUUCAAUUAUGGACAACCCUGACCAUUCUUUUUACGAGAAAGUGUUGCAAUACAGACUGCUGCAGGAGAUUUUUACUGAAAAAUGAACAUCCAUGCGAUGUUUCAAGAAUUUCAAUUAAUAUGAGUUUUGACAACAUUUCAUUUCCCUUUGGGAUCCAUAUAUUAUAUUUGAAUUUCAAGUUACAGAGAGGUAGGGCUCCCAAGUUAAGAUGUCUGAACAAUCAGAAGCUUUGCCUUUAUUUUAACACGUAAACAUUUUUUCUAUCCCCAAAUUUAAACUAACAGACUAUUAAGAAAACUGAAUCCUGCAAAGUGAGCAUAACACGACUCCUCCAGUUUUGCCAUGUGAAAAUGUAUUUGCUCUCCAUUACAGAUUUCUUCUCUUUUUGCCAUUUUAUCACACUGAAAUGUUUCAUAAAAUCAUUAAACUAAUUUUAACAACAAACAAAGAUAACAUAAAUAAAUACAAAAGUUGUUUCUAAUUUUUAUUAUAUUAUUAUUUUUUCUAUUUAGGGAAAAGAGCUAUCCAAACCUGCCUGCACUUAUUUGAAAAAGAAAUCACACCUCAGCUCUACUAACAGGUGUUACUUUGGCUAGGCCACUCUAAAAAAAAAAAAAAAAAAAAAAAACUUGCUUUGCAUGUGCUGAUUUAUUUUCCUUCAGCUGCAGGUGAUCUGAGGCAGAGCGCUUCACUCACAUACGAUGCUGAUCUGCUGGAUAGGCAGCAGAAUGCCACUCAUUCCUUCACAAUUGAUCAAAAUUUAAUUGUAGUAAAGUCUCGGUUUGUGAUACUCAUUUAUGUUCUCUGAGUUAGUCACCUUGUGUGUCCUCUGUGAUCUCCAGUGGAUUAAAACCUGUUUGCUUUGGGAUGGUUUAAAAAUAAAAACACUGAACACCAUG